UGUGAAUCUAAGGCCUGAUGCGCGCAUGGGGUGAGCAUGCCGCAACAUGUUGACGCCACCGUCUCGGCACCUCAAGGUGAUGCAGCAGGACAUCGAGGAGAAGCGGGAGCUCGCCGCUGAGCGGCGUGGGCAGGCUUGGAACGAACAGGCGGCAAAGGCCAACGCGGAAGGCAAGCGCCAGCAUCUCAGCCAGGCGCGCAAGGAGCGGGAGGCAUACCUCGCCUAUGCGCGGCGCUUGUUCCACAUGGAAGCGGCGAAAGCAAGUCCAGCCAAGGAGGCCAAGGAGGCCAAGGAGGCCAAGGAGGCCAAGGAGGCGCCGAGGGAUUCAGCUCAGGCGGCAGCCAAGCAAACGGAGAAGGCGAAACCAAAUGCCCCCAAGCCGCUGCCCGGGCCUCUGCAGCGGAACCCGCUGCGGAAAUUGGAGAAGCCAAAGCUCGGAGGCUGGAGCGAGGUGUCCACAGCGGCUCCGUCCACCAUUGGGGAUGAGGAGGACGGCCUGUCCACGGCUCGUUCCAAGCACGAGGUGGGUUUCAAGCUGCAGGCCUCGCUGAAGAACUGGCUGGAGAGCGACAGGGGCGACGAUUCGGCCGGCCUGGCGGAGCUUGAGACGGCCUUGGCGGAGCAGGUGCGGGAGCGGGAUUCUUUGGAUGAGACUCUGUCCUCCAGUGACGAGAGCCUCCCUGAGGUCAAAGCGAAGCGCCCGCCUGUCCGCCCAGUUCACCAGGCUGCGCCUCAACGUCCAAGGAUCCAACGAUCUGCCAGCAGCCAAAGUGACAGGUCAAAGCGGCCAAAAGCAGCUGCAAGGAAGAGGUCCCCUGCCAGCGGAGCUUUGAAGGGGCUCUUGCAGGAAGAGGAGGCCUUGCAGAAGAGCCUUCUGCGGAUGGACUUCGAGGAGAUGAAGCGGCAGUUUGGCGGUCAGAAGCCGAUGUGGCGCGAAGAUGAGGCGCUCGGCGACAGCUUCAAGAAGGACCCCCUGCGCGAGGCCAAGCUGGAGGCCUCGCUGCAGCGCCUGGACGGUGCCUUCCAAGAGCUGCAGAUGCAGCGGGAAGCGCGCCAGGCCAACGCCAUGCAGGAGCAGAAGGUAGAAGUGCAAAAGAUGCCGCCGCGGCGCUGCGCCUCGGCGCCUAAGCGCAGGCAAAACCCGAGGCGCAGCAGCAGCUACGGCGCCCGGGUGCCAACCAUCCGGGCAUGAAGGCGGGCAACGCAAUGAGGCUUGACACAAGCUGUGCCACAAGAGCAUGGAACUUGUACAGCAGAGUGCACAACAGGACAGC